UAUAAGAGGCAAUAUUUCAAGCUUCCUGGCAGAAGGCUAUCGAAGAUCGACACAAUAAAAUCGUUGGCGGCAAUAUUGCCGGGAUAUUCUAUCGAUCAUUCGUUGUUUCAUUGUAAAUUUUAUGCAAAUAUCGAGAGAUCAAAGACUCGCUGCGUGUUGAAACGACUUGAGUCGAGUUUUAAACGUAGACAAGGCAACACUACAGGAAAAUAUCAAAGGACGGAAGCUGUUUCGAGAAAAUUUAAAAUGAAGCUGACGAGAGCGGAUGAACUGCGUGAGUUUCGUACGAACGGCGAGUUCUCGGAUAUUUGCGUGAUAGUCGAGAAGGUUCAAUUUUAUUUACACAAAUUCCCAUUGUAUCUGAACUCGGAAUUUUUCCGAGCGCUAUGCCGCUGUGCGAUGCUGGACGAGAAUCGGGUCACACUACGAGAAUUCCCGGGGGGAGCAGCGACGUUCGCUCUGGUGGCAGAUUACUGCUACGACGUGGAGAUCGAUAUAACCCCAAGCAACGUGGUCGAGUUGCGAUGCGCUGCGGAGUUUCUUCAGAUGACUUCGGGCGGGAACUUGGCAGGCGAGACAACGAAGGCUCUGACCAAGAUGUUACGCUCUCAGCCGAGCUCCGUCAUCGAAAUUCUCUCAUCCGCCUGUCAACUGGGCGCGAUUGCCGAUCAAACCAAUGUACUUCCGAUGUGUUUCGACGCGAUUUUCUCGCUGAUGAAGAAACGAAGCACGUCAGUGGAUGUCUCUGAGGUGUUGCUUGGACUUCCAGUUGAAUGGUUCAUCGGUUUUCUCAUUGGCGCAAGAGAUGCUUCCAUAGGCGUCCAGAAAAUCAGCACACUCGCAGGACAAUACAUUGCGAAGUUGUCCAAACAGCACAGAGCCUGUAUAGACGAGUACUUAUCGCAAAAAGCCUCCCAGCGAGAAGCGGGCAUACACAAUAUUUCGAUUGAGGAUUUUGGCGACAUUUUUGACGCAAUACUGUUGGAACUGCCCGAGUCUACAGAACUGAGCAAAAUCAUGGACAUCGAACUGUUGUGUUUGUUGUACAGACUAGCGGUGCAGUUAAGGUGUAAGUGCGAGGGAAUUUUGUUGAUGGCAGUUAGCAAGAACCUUAGCAAAAUACCGCGCGAAAUAUUGGUUACCAUGCCGACCGAUGAUAUCCUCAGCAUCGUUGAACAUAGUGUGAAUAAUAGUAUUGAACCCCUUGCUUCGAUUUGUGACACAAUAGACCGCUAUCUUUGGGAACGGAUUAAACAAAAACACAUCACCCCAGAGGAGUUCGACAGUAUAGUCCGGGCGACUCCGAAGUCAUAUCGACAACAACACGACUCGCUGCUGUUAAUCGUCGAAGAAUUGUUUUCAACUACGAAACUCUCAGAGGAAAUGAAAUCAAAAGCGCUUGAUGUUAUUGACGCGUUUAAACUCCACGAGGAGACGCUAAAAAUGGUGUCGGAAAGAAAUGUAAUUCCUUCGAGUUUUAUCCUAAACUCGAGUUUCGCUGUCGCAUCCCGACUGCGCAACGAGCUGACCGAAGCAAAAUCGAAGCUUUUCGAAAAGGAUCACGAAAUUCGUGACAUACACGCGAGUAUUGGUGACGUCAUACAAGGACAAUGGGACUAUAAUAAUGUAACACUGAAUGUUACUCCGAAAGAUACGAGCAAUACUCGAAUUCAGUUCGCCAAAGUUUUACCGCGCGAGACAAGUGCUGGCCUUACAAUGGAACACAAAGUGUACGAAGGUAAAUUAACCCUUUGCGUGCAAUCCCGCGAGGCAUGCCAACAAACACGCGAGGCGCCCACGAAGACCUACUUAUUUGAUCCAUUCAAUGAGCAACUGAUCUUAACGCGAUCGAAGCAUGACAACCUUAUGGUUGGCGAACAUUAUCUUAGAAAAAAACAUACGAAAUCUUACUGGCCUUUUAAUGACGUAGCAUCAUCUUGAGCUUAAGAAUCUUGCCGGAAACUUCAGAAGCACACGUGCCUGAAAUUCACAAGACACAUCACUUUAAUAACGAAAGUUUAAUAAGAUAUAGAGUUUGUAUUUGAACAAUCCUGGGAAACUGCCCUUGAAUAAGACAAAACGUUUUGCUACAGUGUCAUGACACAGCUCAGACGAAGCAUUCAGGUCAAGUUCAGUCGUAGUCUUCAUAGUUAGUUCCGUUGGAAAACGGGAAACCCAUAGCUUGUACUUGUAUAUUGAUGUAUAUAUUUGAAGUUGCGUUACAAGAGAUAUCAUAUGAUUUAUGGAGAAUUAUGUAAUAAAAACGUAGUCAAUUAAUUAUUCCGUCUCGCGGUGUGAUAUUGCACUACACCUUCUCAUACAAUCACGAGAGCUUUCUCUCUGGUUAAAAGCAAAUUACAGCUGUCGCGAUUUAUGUACAUGCACGCAAUGGCUUAAAUCUUUGUA